AUGGAACUGCCAUUGGAAAAAACUAUAUUGGGAGACGAUAAAGAUGCAAGAAUUUAUGGGCAAGAUGAAAGUACACAUGUUAGGAUAGAUGACUAUGUAUAUGAUGAGAUUAACGAGGUACACAUGCAAACUCAACUUGAUCCAUCAUACCAAGCACCUUCACCCGGACAUAAUGAACCAUCAAUGCCAGAGCUCGAUCCAAAUUUAGAAGCUCCGAUGGAAAAUAUUGUUCAAAGAAAACGAACUAGAAGUGAAUAUGAAGGGAAUACUUGUUCAUUUGGUCAGAAUGCUACUCAAGUUGAUCUUCUAGAAAAACUUUCUCAUGGUUUGGAUUCAAUUGGAAAAAUUGCCACUGAUAUUCGAGGAAUGUAUAGCCUAAUGGAGAGAAGGGAAAAUGAAAUUAGUGAAAAAGAGAAGAAGAAUGAUAUUUGGAAUGCUAUUAAGGAGACUCCAAAUUUAGAUAAUCAUGGCAGCUAUAAAGCACUUACGUUGAUUCAGAAAAUGAAAGUCAAAGAUGCAUUAUUGAAUAUGUUACCUGAAGAGCACUCAGAAUGGAUAUCAUUUAAUAUGGAAUGA